AGUAAAUAGCAACAAGCAAAACUACAUUUCAACGACAAUAAGACGGCAUGAUACGAGUAAUUGUUCAACUGAUGUUGUUGGCGUUGUACACAGAAGGAUCACUACAGUACAAGUCAGCAGAACACAAAACCCCAACCACAUUCAACACAUCAUGUGACCUGAUCAUACUCUCAACAAAGAACUUAGUCUUUACGCAAGGCUGGGAGGGGGAUAUUGUAUUUUUAGCGGCCACUAAAGAAGUCCUCACGAUAGGGCUGCAUCCGGAAAGUGCCAGCUUGGCUAUCAAGAAUGAUGUGUUUCUAGGAGAUAAAGAAGAGUGGGAUUUUCAGUGGGUGGAACAGGUGUUUUAUCCAAACCGUGAUGUUAAUGCUCAAUGGGAGACAACCGUUAGCUUCACUGAUGACGAGCUAGUGGUUACGUGUGAAGGGCAGACUCUAAAGAUUUUAGCUGAGAUCCCGUAUACUGAAUUAACGGGCGAUAAAGAUACGUUUCUGGCCAGCAUUGAUUCAAUCUCUUUUAUUCUGGAGGGGGAUAAACCUGUGGCUAGUAGAAUCUAUUACACCCUCAGUUGUAAAGAAUCAUGCGCUGCAGGACAACGUUUUGAUCAGAGUAACGGCUGUGUGGAAUGUCCGGAAGAUACGUGGAGUGUUGCUGGAAAUAAAAGUCCAUCUUGUACAGACUGUCCAGAAGGAAAAGGUGUUGCAGCUGGGCAGGGAAAACAUUUAAAUGACUGCACAUGGAAAUCAUGUGCUGCAGGACAACGUCUUGACCAGGUUGACGGUUGUGUCAACUGCCCGGAUAAUCAGUGGAGCUCGGAUGGAAAUAACGCAGCUACUUGCCAGAUAUGUCCUUCAGGGAAAGUGGUGGCAGCUGGAGAAGGGAGAAAGGAAAGUGAUUGUGCUUGGGAGCCAUGUGAUGCUGGACAAUUCCUUCAUCAGAGUAUCGGCUGUGUGGAAUGUCCAGAAGAUACGUGGAGUGUUGCUGGAAAUACAAGUCCAUCUUGUACAGCCUGUCCAGAAGGAAAAGGAGUUGCAGCUGGAGAAGGGAAAAAAGAAAGUGAUUGUGCUUUCCCGUGUUCCAACCUGGGUUCAGUUUGGGAUAACGUCGUAAAAGAUUUCUCACUGCCGAUAGAACACGGCCAAUCAGUGGAGUUCAAAUGUGAUCGGAAAUAUGUCAACAUGGGGGAUAAAACUGCAACAUGCAGUGACGGAUCACUACAACCCGAACCAAACUGUAGAAAAACAAGUUAGAAAAUUAAAGAUUUUAGUUUUCACAUUCUUACGAGUGGUAACGAUCAAAAGACCAUUAUAAUUUUUGUAUAACCAUCAAUAAACCAUGGUUAUAUUUUACAAUUUAAGAGAAAGAAAAACGUGUUUUGUGUGAAAAUCAUAUUGUAGGGAUAUGAUUUUCACACAAAUUAACAGUGUGUUAUUUAAUAUUUAUCUUACAUUUUCAGUAAACUUUGGAUCAUGGAAAAUUUGAUAUGAUCUAGUGAUAACAUAUGAUCAGUCCGUCUUACAAUUAACAUUUUACGUUUUAGGUUAGUAUUGGUAGUAAGAACUGCUGCAGCUGUUAAAUGCAGUCAGCACCAUCUCAAUCUUUAUGAUCUGUUCGUCCAACAAGGAUUCUAGUACACAGUAAAGAAAUUGUUGGAGUGAAAAUCUUGCAUGAGAUGGUCACUGGCAUUUGCAUUCCUGUGAAGUCAUUUGGGCUGGACAGAUUUGGUGUAGGGGCAUAAACGCUUAAACUCUUAUAGUAGGCGUAUCUUACAAUUAGUAGGCAUAUCUUACAAUUCAUCGGGGAUCACAACAAAAAUGUAGUAUCAUGCUAAAAUGACAAGUUUGUGACGGUUCAUGAUGACAGUUCUCACUCGAGAAAACUGUCAAUAUUUAGAUGUCGUAUUAUCAAGUGUAACACCCUCCUGAAACUAACUUCAUAAAACGGGUCACGUGACUAAACACAGGUCUGUAUUAAUCACGGCAGGUAAUAUAACCAGGUUAAUAUAGUUCUACAUUCUUUUCUAAUGGUGAUCACAGCUGGAGGCUACUCAACGAAUUGUUGCAUCUUCAAACAGUCUCCAUCUCACUUUUUAUCCAACUGUCUGGUGAUUAUCAUGGCCAAUAACUCUACUGGUUCCUUCGCUUUCUCAGCUCAAGAGGUGAAAGAUAGGAAGCUACGGAUGGGGGUAAGAUGACUACCCUUAAUGAAUCAAUUAAUUUUCGUACCACUUUAAUCGCACCAACAUGAACAUGUCUUGUGAACUUGACCAACUGAAAGCAACUCACGAAACGCUCAGACUACAGAAGAGAGCUAUCGACCGAGAAACCGAGGAUACCAGAACCAAAACGAACGAAGAAAAACGAGUAGCUGAGGCUGAGAUCGAGAAGCUACAGCUGGACCUGGAAUCUUUAAAGGAGGAAACAGCAGCUUUAAGUGAGAAGAACAAGACCCUGGAAACCACCGUUACCAGCCUCAAUGAGGAACAUACGCUCAAGAGGAAGAGUCAGGAGGAGGAUUACGACGUUCAGAGACGCUCCAAACAGAAGUUGCAGUUCCAAGAAGCUAAACUGUGCACAAGGAAAGUGAACAUUGAGAAGAAGUGUGACCCAGUGGAGGUACACAGACUCCAGAUCCAGGAGCUUGAGAAGGAAGUGGAGCAUAACACAAACGAACGAGAGGAGGUGAAGAAGAUCUAUGAAACUGAGAUGAACAAAGUGGACAACAUUCUUGCUAAACUGAAGUUCCAGAAGAAGACUUGGGAAAAUAAAGUUCAGGCAGCAAGAGAACAGCUACUGAAACUGAACGCUAACUGUAUCAAUGUCAGGGAAUCCUCCAGAAAGGAACUGUUCGAGAAAGAUCUGCUGCUUCAACGAUUGGUUUUGGAUACUGAUAGGUGCCUAAAGUCUAUCCCUGAACUAGAGGCGAGUAUGGCAAUUCUUGAGAAAAUGGUCAAAGAAUAGACGCUAUUACUUAUAUUUAAAUGGUUGUGAUUUAAAGAUACAAUAUAGAUUUUAUGAGCAGGCAGGAAUUAAAUUUUAUGAAAUCUUUUCAGUAGUCCGUUUUAUGUUAUACAGUUUCAGCUUUUAUUUUCACGACUAUGCAGUAUACAUGAUAUAAUAUAUUCACUUUAGUUUUGUGAUUUGUGUCCCUGAUGAUUGAUUGAUUAUUCAUACAUGAAACUUAGAGUUGGAU